AAAAAACAGUCGGUCACACUGCCUGGCAAUCUUUUUUAUUUUUUGGACAUUUGGACCUUUGUUGUGGACUUUAGUUUACUUUCCUUAUCGUCGUCGCCUAGGGCCACCAGUUACGUCCACACCCACGCACACUAUGUCGUUCCGCCCACUGGUCGAGGGGGAUUGCGGCGGCGUGAAUCCGCUAAUGCAGCUGGGCGGCCAGUUCACCCGCGAUGUUGCCCACAAGGACGAGGGCUUUGUGCAGCGCCAAUUCGAAAGGGGUGCCCGCCCCGAGGAUCAGUUGAUCAACGAGUUCCUGGGCCAGGUCUCGGCACCCCCGCAAUCCUUUCAAAUGGACACACUUCUACAGGAGAUGCGGGACAUCAACAUCCAGGGUGGGAUGCAUACCCAGCAGAUGCACCAUCAGCAGGCUGACCAGUGGAACCAGGACUUUCAACGCGGCCUGGCGGCGGCGGUGGCGCCUCCUUUGCCCAACAAGAUGAUACACAUGCAGGCCCAGCAGCAGGAGCUACAGCAUGCCCAGGAGUUCUUCGAUGAGCCACUGAUUCGCAGCCAGAAUUUCCAUCAGCCAUACAUGGCCAUUACCGCGGGUCCUAGCAGCUACCAGCAGCAGCAGCAGGAUCCCUUCUUUGACUCCACCAUGGAGACGAUUAUAACGGACAACCUGCCAGCGGCACCCAAGGGUGAAUCUCUGGACGAUUGGAUCACUGACUACCAGCGCAGUGCCGAGCAAAAGGAGCAAACGGCGGCAAAUUUCAAUGAGAAAUUCUGGCAGCGCCUGCAGGAUGAAUGGCAGAAACUGGCCGAUGAGAAUGAGCAUCCGUGGCUAUCCGAAUUCAAUGACAACCUGGAUGCCUACAAGGAGUACGAAUUCGCCGAGGAGAAUCCCAUGGCCGAGCUGGAGAAUGCCUUUGAGAAGGGUAAGGAAUACCUGGCCAAGGGCGAUAUACCCAGUGCUGUUCUCUGCUUCGAGGUGGCCGCCAAAAAGGAACCGGAACGAGCCGAAGUAUGGCAGCUGUUGGGCACCUCGCAGGCUGAGAAUGAGAUGGAUCCGCAGGGUAUAGCGGCACUGAAGCGGGCACAUGACCUUCAGCCGGAUAACCGUCAAGUUCUAAUGGCCCUGGCCGUUUGCUAUACGAAUGAGGGUCUCCAGAACAAUGCCGUACGCAUGCUAUGCAGCUGGCUGGCAGUACAUCCCAAGUAUCAACACCUUGUGCAGGCACAUCCAGAGCUCCAGGCGGAGGGCAGCUCCCUGGCUUCGUCUCUCAUAGGCCCCAGCAAGCUGCGAGAUUUACAACAAAUAUAUUUGGAGGCAGUGCGUCAGCAUCCCGCAGAAGUGGAUGCCGAUAUCCAGGAGGCACUCGGUGUGCUAUACAAUCUUUCCGGGGAAUUUGACAAGGCGGUGGAUUGUUACAAUUCCGCCUUGCAGGUGGAUCCUCAAAAUGCCAAAACUUGGAAUCGUUUGGGUGCCAGCUUGGCCAAUGGUUCACGUUCCGUGGAGGCUGUAGAGGCCUAUCAGCAUGCCCUCCAGCUGCAGCCUGGUUUUAUACGCGUGCGCUACAAUGUGGGUGUGUGUUGCAUGAACCUCAAGGCGUACAAGGAGGCAGUGGAGCAUUUGCUUACGGCGCUCACCAUGCAGGCGCAUACGAAUGCGGCCAGAGAAUUACCAGCGGCGGCCAGCAUGGGACAGAAUCAAAUGUCGGAAUCAAUAUGGAGCACUGUUAAGAUGGUCAUCUCGCUGAUGGGACGCAGCGAUCUGCAGGGACAUGUGACCGAUCGGAAUUUGGCGGCGCUCAACGAGGCCUUUAAUGAUUAGGUCCCGAAAAAUUGUUAUGUAUAUCCUUAUCCCCUCCUGUUUUGUCCAUUUUUGCUUUUGUUUUUGUGAAUAAAUCCCAGUUUGAGACAUUCCUAUAA